GUCUGGUUGUCUGAGCCGGGGGAUGGACGCUUGGCUCCUCUUCCAACUCUCCCCUUCCUCUUCUCGCGUCUCUUCUCUCCAACUCCACUCCUCCUCCUCCCCACCUCGCGCCUCUUAAUCUGAUGCCGGGACGUCGGACGUGAUGGCUGCGGCGGGAGCGGCAGCGGGCGGUGGCGGGGAGGGGUCCUCCUCGCCGACUGGCCUGACGAUCGGGUCCCACUACGGGUCCACUGGAGAGGCAACAUGGCAAAUGACUUUAGGAUGUGGAGGACUGUCUAUGGAACCUGGUCCAUACCCUGAGCGUAUAGGAGAGCGUGAUUGCAGUUACUAUAUGAGGACUGGAUUUUGUAGGUUUGGGGUAACCUGCAAAUUCAAUCACCCUGCAGACAGGAAGCUGGCUGUUGCUGCUGCAAGGAUGAAAGGCGAGUAUCCUUACAGAGUUGGUCAACCUGAGUGUCAAUAUUACCUGAAGACUGGGACAUGCAAGUUUGGAGCAACAUGCAAGUUCCAUCAUCCCAAAGAGAAGGCUGCAAUUGCAAUCUCUGCACAGUUGAAUGUUCUAGGCUACCCACUGCGUCUGAAUGAGAAGGAAUGUGUUUAUUAUUUAAGAACAGGGCAGUGUAAGUUUGCAAGCACAUGUAAGUUUCAUCAUCCACAACCAUCUAGCACAAUGGUUGCUAUACGUAGCUCUAUUUGCUCACCUGGACAGUCUACAACCUCUCCUGGUCGAAAUACUUAUUCUGGGGCUGUAACAAACUGGAGCUUGUCAAGAUCUGCCUCAUUUAUUGCAAGCCCCCGGUGGCCUGGUCCUUCUGGUUAUGAACAAGUGAUUGUCCCUCAGGGCCUCGUCCAAGUUCCAGGGUGGAAUCCUUAUGCCGCACAAAUGGGCUCUUCUUCUCUGGAUGGCCAGCAACGAACACCUGGAACUGCUCAUUACUAUGGCACACAUCAAAGGGAAACAACUGGAAUGGGUGAACAUGGAAUGUUCACUUCACACAAAGCAGGUUCUGCUCCACUUGGAGUUUAUGCAGUACAAGGGGAGAACACAUUUCCCGAGAGACCUGAACAACCGGAGUGUCAAUUCUAUAUGAAAACUGGAGACUGUAAGUUCGGUGCUGUUUGCAAGUUUAAUCACCCAAAGAAACGAAUGGUUCCUGCUCCAAACUGUGCACUGAGUCCAUUAGGUCUGCCAUUGCGCCCGGGAGAGCCUAUCUGCACCUUUUAUUCUCGUUACGGCAUCUGCAAGUUUGGUCCUAACUGCAAAUUUGACCAUCCUAUGGGAACCAUUCUGUAUGGAUCCCCAACCUCCCCAACAGGUGAUGUGCCACCUUUGCACUACCAAUUGGCACCCACACCAGGGCUUUCAGAAAGAUUGCUCGACGGGGGUUCUGGAAGGUCGCACCAGCUUCCCCAAUCUGAUUCCCAGCAUAUACCCUCCGGGGAUGGAAGUGAUGAGAGAGAGGCAUCGUAAGCCUUACUCAGUCUUUCUUCAUGCUGCCUCCCAUUCUUGAUUCUUCAGUAAUUAUAUAUCCCACACAUUGGAAAAGCUGAAGCUGUACAGGUCCUCAUCCAUCCUUUUGCUGCUCUUUUGAGGUUUCCACAAACGGUUGCUUCAUCAUGUCUCAGUCUCACAUUCACGCAGGAGAAGGUUCUCGCUCGCCCCUUUGAUGCCCAGUUACCCAUUGAAAUAAACCGGGUAAUCUUUACUAUUUAUCUCUACCAACAUAUGGACACAAGAUCCACUCGCUGACACUGGUUUCUGCGAAUGAUGUGCCUUGAUAACUUUGUACUGGUGAGGUUGAAGUGGACAAAGCAUAUCGAACUAACUGUACUUGGAUCCAACAUCUCUUCCCUUUCCUUUUUCUUUUUUUUCCCUUUCUCAGCAUUUGGGGGUGGGGUAGUGGUAAUGGUAGGGCUUACUGCUUGUUCAAGUUUGCAUGUUGAAAACAGCAGAAACAAUACCCUGCUUCCUUAUAAUAAUUCUGAUCUGUGUAUUACCCACUGAAUUACUUGUUCAAUAAUAGGUCCGGCAAGUGUUGCACCUUCUGAGAAA